CUCUACUAGUGGGAAAAGCAACAGUGACUUGUCUUAGGAGACAUUCACUAGGAACAACCUCAAGACUGAGCUAAUUCAUCAUGUUUUGUGAUAUAACAUAGCCCUGCCUUCUGUGUAAUCCAUUGGGCAACAGCUCCUGUGUUCCUUGCACAGAUCUCUCUCCUCAUUCAGUGCCGCUGAGCUGUUUCUAAGAAGAAAAUCCAAUUUAGAAAAAUACUCAUGAAGAAGACCUGGGAAGAAAAAGCAGCAUGAAAAAAUUACAAGGAAAAUGCAAAUAGCAGGCAAGCAUUAGCUCCAUGAUACAAGCAUCAGUCUCCCAACUGUAUUUUGUAUCUAUUUGGAGAUUUAUUAUCUGAAAAGCAGAGCCUUAUUCCAGCCAAAAAAGAAAGAAAGGCAUUGCUUGAAGUCUCUAGAGCUACUUUAGUGGGACAAGAACAUUGCUUUUAGCCAGAGGAGCAGUGGUAGCUCUGAUUCUAAAACACAUGGAGCUUAAAAAGUGCAUUUUUGUGAGCAAUAGUAGUGAAAAUGUUGAGCAUCUUCCAGUCCAACUGCAUUGCUGACAUUUAAACGGAAUGGAAAACUUACCUAAGAAGAGACUGACAACUCUGCCGUCAUUCUGCUGAGGCUGGUUGACGCGGAUUUAAGUAUGUCUGGUACUCCGUUUUCUCUUUCUUUUUCAGGUGGUGGUUUUCUUGCAAUUUAUGAAAUAGGUGUAAUCCAGGGUUUAUUGGAACAAGCACCAGAAAUUUUGAGAUCUGCACCAAAGGUAUAUGGAGCAUCGUCUGGAUCAAUCAUAGCUGCAGCUGUGGUAUGUGGACUCAGUAUCGAUGAUGUUAAAAAGUGCUUAUUUGGAGCUGCAAGAGAUGCCCGGAAAACCAUUCUUGGUCCUUUUGCCCCUGGCUGCAGCGUCCUACGGAUCCUACAAAGGAGGCUGCACCAAAUUCUGCCAGAGAACUCACACCGGAUGGCCACGGGGAGGCUUUAUAUUUCUCUCACACGUUUAAUAGAUGGGAAGAAUGUUGUGGUUUCAGAGUACAAUUCCAAGGAAGAACUUAUUCAGGCAGUGAUUUGCAGCUGCUUCGUCCCAAUUUAUGCUGGCUUCAUUCCUCCCUCCUUCCGAGGUGUGCGAUAUGUUGAUGGUGGCUUUACUAACUUGCAACCUCGUUCUGACCUGGAGACUGCCAUUACAGUGUCUCCAUUUACAGGAGAGAUUGAUAUCUGUCCUCGAGAUUGUCCAGCCAUCUUCUACAGUUUGCAUAUUGUACAUGGCAGCAUUCAAGUCUCCAUAGAGAACUUGUGCAGGAUUGGCUAUGCUCUCUUCCCACCCAGCUACCGGGUUUUGAAUGAAUUUUAUUCACAAGGGUAUCGAGAUGCCAUUUUCUUCUUGCACAGAAACAACAUUUUUGACAGUAGUUGUCUUGCCAAGACAGUGACAUUUGAAUUUGUAGGUGUGUUCAGCAAAAAUGAUUUGUUCCAUGGUGGGGAUGGGACUUCCUGCCAAAAUCCAGGAACAGGAGUUCUCAACAAAGCUAAUGGGACAUCUUUAAAAAACUUCUUAAGGCAUUCUGUAAUCAGUAGGCUACACAAAAUUAUCACCAGAGUAUUGCAACGCCUACCCCAACGCUGUCGAAAAGCUUCUGCUGUCCUGAACUUGCAGAAAAAGUCUGGAUUGUUAAGUUCAGUAGCUGGAUUCAUCCUGCAUCAUUUGACAAGUCCAACACGAGUUGCAUUGUCUUGCUAUAAAAGAUUAGAACAUCUGCGGAAGUUUUGGCUUGGAGGACAAUUGACAAGCCCCCCAAAAUGAUUCUUCAUCAAAUGCAACCAGGGCAAACUGUUAAGAAAUCAAUAUUGUUUUAGUCUGAAACCUAAAAAGAAUGGAAGAAACUGAAACUCCUGCAAAAAACAUCCAGCCUUCCAUCUCUGUGAAUGAGAGAUGAACUGCUUGUCAAAAUUCUCCUUUCCUUUCCUUUCCUCAAAUUAUUAAAGUCCAUAAAUAGUGUCUGGCAUCACAACUGUAUGGCCACAAAUGGCCUCAAAGUCAAAAGUCCAGAGAAAUUUCUACCCUCAUUACUGACAUUAAAUAAUUCAUUAUCUAAAAAGUAAGUCUGAAGACAAACAGGAAUAUGCGUAUCUGUUUCUACAGGCAACUGCUUCGAACAUGUACAUGGGAAUACAAAGUCUGAUGAUACUGCCAUUGCUUCAAAGACUAAAUGGUGUUUUAAGUCACUAUUGUCAUGACUGGACAAUUUAUUUUCAAGUUGCAAAUCUAUGGUCUCCUGUUUACCAGGUACAGUUUUGGACUAUGGAUCAGUUCAGAUCCAUAGUCCAAAUUAUCAGUUCAGAUCCAAUUAUCAGUUCAGAUAAUUUAGCAGGUGAGCAGGUAACAACUGGACAAUUCCACAAGUGGGCGGAGACAAUAUAAGGAGGUUAGACUUCCAUUAGAAUUCAAUAGAAUUUCAGCCUAUGAAAUCACAAUAUGUGCUUUCUGUAUACAAAUGGUUAGUUAAACCUUUGAACUAUUUCUUGUUUCAGAAAUACUUGGAGAGUUGUCACAAUCUGAUUUUCUCUUUUAUACAAAAAGUAAUGAAGUGAUAAAUAUCCCUUCCUCAGCAAUUCCUCAUCAAAUAAUAGUAGCUCUCUUACCAUGAUGUUCCACUGAUAAUUCUAUCCACAAGGUUUACUCUGCUAUCACGUGUGUAUUUUGAUUACUAUUGUGUUAAUAUCUUAUAAAAUAUACCAUAUAUACAUUUAAUAGA